AACACGAAGAGCUUCAGAGGACCAACACAGCUCCAACCGUGCACAAAAAACACAGACUCACAGGAAAUCACGGCAAAUUAUUAGGCACCUUGGAAGAAAAGCUUCAGAAAUGUGUGUCCGUGUGUGUGUGCGGGGAGGAUUAACACGCCGGCGAACAACACUUGAAUCUGACGGAUAAAUGACUUGAGAAACUCUGGUCGAAGUCUGUGGACAAAAGGCGCUUUUAUGGGAAAUGAAUGUAAAACAGCAACCUGAUGUGAUCGAGCGACCCGCCAGCCUUUUUGUUCCAACUUCGCAGACAAAAUCUGGGAUAGCGCUGCUGUACAAUGAGGAGAGCGACAAUACGUACGAUGUCUGCCUGAAGCUCACCAAAGAGCUUUUAACCAUCCAGAAGCUGGAUGUGGUUUGCACACGAGGAAGCGAGUCCCACGUAAAUCACAGAACUGUUGUACUGCGGAGACAGGCGGCUGGCGGUCUGGGCUUAAGCAUCAAAGGCGGGGCUGAGCACAACGUGCCUGUAGUCAUUUCAAAGAUUUUUAAAGAUCAAGUAGCUGACCAGACGGGGAAGCUGUUUGUCGGAGACGCCGUCUUACAGGUCAACGGCAUCAAUGUGGAGCACUGCGCCCAUGAAGAAGUUGUUCACCUCUUACGCACUGCUGGAGAUGAGGUCACCAUCACUGUUCAGUAUCUGCGGGAGGUUCCAUCAUUUCUCAAACUCCCUCUGGGUUCUCCUGGGCCGUCGUCUGAUCACAGUCGAGAGUCAUCGCCACUGUUCGACAGCGGCUUACAUUUAAACGGAAAAAACACGGCUCUGUUGCCCCCUUCGCCCUCAGCUAAUGAACCAAAGUAUGAGAAGCGCUGGCUGGACGCCGUCUGCGUGCCCUUGUUGAUGGCCAGAGUCUCCAGAUACAAAGCUGGUACCGAUAAAUUAAGGUCCAACUGUUUUGAAGUCUUUGCCUUGGAUGGAUCUCGCACCAAUGUUCUCCAGUUUUGCACUGCAACAGAAAGCACAGAUUGGCUCCAAGCAAUAUCGACAAAUAUCAAUGACUUGACAUUGGAGAAUAUAAAGAUGGUUAAUAAAUACUGCUCUUCAGAUGACCAGGUUGUCCACAUGGGCUGGACGUGCGAGUGCGCCGAAAGAAAAGCUGCUGCUGGAACCUCAGCGUUCAAGUUCCUGGCAUUGAGAGGGCCCUAUUUUUAUAUCUUCAAAGGUCCUCCGAUCAAUGCGUCUGACUGGGGACAAGCUGAAACAACAUAUAACCUCCAUGAGGUUCUUUUCAAGGUCCACAAGCUGUGGAUGGCAGAGGAUUGUUGGCUCCAGGCGAGGCUCUACUUGGGCCUGGAGCAUUCGCCCGAGCAGCAGGACAGUGACUCACUGUGCUUCAGCAUUCUGGUUGGCCACAGCCAGAGUCACACCUUCAGGGUAGAACUGGCCAGUGAUCUGGCAGCCUGGGAGAAGUCCUUCCAGAAAGCAGUCUUCAUGGAAGUGCAGCGAAUACAAUCCAAAAGCUACAUGUGCAGCAGUCAGGGGAGCGCGCUGCGCUUCACUGUGGAUUUUGGAUCGGGCUUCACCUGCUCAGACGCCACUUCAAAGACGGUGCUGUGGAGGUACAAGUUCUCUCAACUUAAAGGCUCAUCUGAUGAUGGGAAAACCAGGGUAAAGCUCCUCUUCAAGAACGCUGAAAGCAAACAAAUAGAAAUGAAGGAACUAGAGUUUGGCAAUCUCACAGCCGUCCUCCACUGUAUUCAUUCUUUUAUCGCUGCCAAAGUGGCCUCUAUGGACCCUCUCUUUAUGUGCAGUCAAACCUACCCGGGAAACUACAUGAACAUUUAAGACGACGUCCUUGUGGUCACGUGCACCUGCAGCAAAUCAGCACGAAUUUAUGCACAAAGUUGUAUCUCGUCCUUAUUUUUUACAUGAACUCCAUAAUGUGUGGAGGGGUGGCUGAACAGCAGAAAAUGUUUUGUCCACACACUAACAAAUUGACUUUUUUUGCCACCU